AAUUACCGAUCGCGUCGGACGGCAUCGCCCACGGCCAAGUCGGAAGCGGGGAAAGGGCAACGGGGCGAGAACUCGCGUCGUCGGUUUGAUCCUCCUCGUAUGACAAUCUCGCCCCAGUUUGUGCGGCUUUGGUUUUGUUUUCUCUUGAACCUUUUCUAGAUUUCUGCCUCGUCCGUUCUUGAUCGAGCAUGGACGAGUUGAGGGGUUUGGUUUCUUGCUGACUGGGUCUGUUCUUGGUGGUAUAGUGCUUUAGUUGCCGUCUCGGAAGCCGGCCUGAUGGCGUUCGAGAUAAUUACGGCUCGAAAGGCUUUUUCUUGAAGGAUUUCUCUAGCUCUUUGUGUUGGAUCUUCUUGGUAUUAUGAUGCUUUUCUUUGCCUUCUCGGAAGCGUUUUGAGGUAGUUAGGGCUCCUUCUUUCGUUUCUUGAAGCAGUUUUUGGCUUUUUUGUGUGUUCGAUCGUUUCUGUGGUUCGUCUGCGUUUGAAGUCAUUGUUCUCAUUGCUGGAGGGUUUGGUGUUAUGACCCUUCCUUGGGGGCUCUUAUAAGAAAGAGAGACGCUUGCCACCGGAUUUCUUCCUGGUUCCUGGAUACCAAUCGGCCCAACCUCCUAGGGGACCACUCUCUUCUUCCAAGGCGGUGAGCAGAACCAAGCCCCAAUUCUGAACUUGUCGACGGAGAAGAGGCACCUCAUACUCAGACCUGUGUCUGUUAGACAUGACCGGCUGUAUCCUCAAUAGCGCGGGAAACUCCUCCGGGCCUAGUGUUGGGGCAAGCUCAAUAGUCAAUGACGCCAACUCGGCUCUCUCUGGGACACAGUUGCAGCGCAGCGCCAGCAUCAACAAUGAGCCGUGCAUGCGCCUCCCAGCCUCACCCAUGUCAUUUUCAUCAAACAGCACAUCAGAUUCUUGGGUGAUGGAUGGCUCCAUCAUGCAGCAGAGCCUGGGUAGCGAGCAUGCACACAAGCGAGCUGCAUCGAGUGCCAUAUCUGAGAUUAUAGCACAGGCACCUGACGAUUCAGUGCAUAUUUCAAAAAAAGCAAGGCUUGAUUUGAAGGAUGAUAUCAUGCAGCGGAUGGUGAUCCAGCAACUGCUGCAGGGCUCAGAGCCAGAGCCAGAGCUGCAUGGUCAUCAGAAUCCACAGCUGCAUGCUAUGUUACAACAGCAGAGAUUAACCCAGCUUCAACAGCACAUGAUGCAGUCUUUUCCGCAGACUCAGCAAGCACCUAUCACCUUUCAACAGCAACAACAGCUGAGGAACCAUUUGCAGCAGCGGCCUGUUGAGGUAGCUGUCCCUGCCAAUCACAAUUUUGAUGUGAAGAAAGGUUCUUGUCGAGUGAUGCAGUAUUUGUAUCAUCAACGGCAUCGCCCAGCUGAUAAUUCCAUACUAUACUGGAGAAAAUUUGUUGCAGAGUAUUUUGCACCACCAGCUAAGAAAAGGUGGUGUUUAUCAUCGUACAACAAUGUUGGCAACCAUGCUCUUGGUGUUUUCCUGCAGUCAGCUAAGGGCACAUGGAAUUGUGAUCUUUGUGUUGUGAACUCUGGAAAAGGAUUUGGUUAGUGGUUAUUUUUAAACAUAUUCUUAGACUCCUUGAAAAACAAUUAGUUUAACUCUGUAUCCACACAUCUUGUCAGUA